AUGACGAUCUUUCAUUUCGCGGCGAACUCCGCGAACCAAUCCUCGUCACGGCCGAACGGCAUCGCCUCCACCAACAACUCCACCUCAUUCACAGCUGCCUCCAGCCUAGUCGCGGGAACCUCCUCGGAAGAUGGCCUCGAACGAAGGGAUGAAGGAACUGGUGACGGUCAUCAACAAGAUCCACGACGCCUUCGCCUCGUCCUCCGCGACCGACCUGAACCUCCAGCUCCCCAUGAUCUGCGGGAACCUCCUCGGAAGAUGGCCUCGAACGAAGGGAUGAAGGAACUGGUGACGGUCAUCAACAAGAUCCACGACGCCUUCGCCUCGUCCUCCGCGACCGACUUGAACCUCCAGCUCCCCAUGAUCGCGGUCGUCGGCGGUCAGAGCGCGGGCAAGUCUUCCGUCCUCGAGGCCGUGGCCGGCAGGAAUCGACUCUCUAUUGCCCUCUUCUUGCAGGGAAUUUCUACCGAGAGGAACCGGGAUCGUCACUCGAUGCCCCAUCAUCCUUCAAAUGAUUCCAAACAGAGAUGGAAGCAUAACAAUACGGAUUUGAUCGAACAGGGCCUCCACACAAAUAAAAAGUCUGUGUUCCCUCGUUCGAACCGAAAAGCCGAGUACGUGGAGCUCGGACAUCAGCCGAGUAGGAAGUACACCGACUUGAACGAGGUGCGGCGAGAGAUCGAGAUGGCGACGGAGAAGGCGGUGGCGGGCCAGACCAUCUCCACGACCCCUAUCUCCGUGAGGAUCUACUCCCCCGACGUCCUACAGAUCACUCUGGUCGACCUUCCCGGCUUGAUCAAGGUCCCGGUCGGGGACCAACCGGAUGACAUCGAGGAUGUCAUCCGUAAUAUGGUGCUGCGGUACAUUAAUCCCGAGAACACGCUGAUCUUGGCCGUGACCCCUGCCGCAGAAGAUUUGGCCAAUUCCGACGCCCUAAAACUCGCCCGUCAAGUCGACCCUAAAGGAUUGAGGACGAUCGGCGUCCUGACGAAGCUGGACCUGAUGGAUCGAGGAACGAACGCGCUGACGGUGCUGCAGAACAACCUCUACCCGCUCAAGCGAGGAUACAUCGGGGUGGUGAACAGGUCCCAGAAGGACAUCCAGGAGGGGAAGGACCUGAGCGCCGCCAGGGAGGACGAGGAGUAUUUCUUCCGGAAUCAUCCUGCUUAUAGUGACCUGCUGGACCGGGUGGGAACGAGAACCCUUCAAAAGUUACUGAACCGGCAACUGGAGCAGCACAUCAAGGAGAAGCUCCCGGGGAUCCAAAGCAACUUGAAGCAGCGGAUGACCGACCUC